AUGUCCCAUAUCAAAAUUGAACGCCAAUUCGUAACAAUUACAAAGCCUUCAACAACAAUUCAAAUUUCUCAUCCAGAUUUACUAAAUAUCGCGUGUAUUAUAGUAUCAAUUAGGUGCACUCUUUACGAUCCUAAAACAUUCCCUUUAAACAUUUCAAUCGCGAUGUCAUUACAAGAACAAUUUCAACGACUCAACUAUGAUUAUACUACUGAAUCAACUCUAGCUGACAAAUUCUUGUCAUCAUGCGCUGGAUCGUCUACACAAUUAGCAACAGAUAAGUUAGAACAGUGUUAUUCAUUUUUAUCGAAAAUUAAAGAAGAAUUAACGAUAUCACAAGAAUUUUUAUCGUUGCCAUACCUUUCUAAUGCUGUCUCUUCGUUCUCAAAUGAAAAACAUUUGACAACUAUUUAUUUGACAGAUACAAACUCAAAGCAGCUAUUUAAAACCUUCUCGUCUAUCAUUUCUACGAAUGUUGGGAUCAAAUGCGUUGUCAUGAAUAGCGUAACUGUUCAAGGAGAAAUGAAAGAUUUCAAUGACGCAGUUUCCACGACUAAUUCGACUAUUUACGAAUGGGUUUUUAAUUACUGUAACUUUGAAUCGGAAAAUUUCAAGUUAUUUAUUGAAUGUUUCCGAAAUUAUAAAACAAAUAUCAAAACUUUGAUAUUUAACAACUGUUCGUUCACUCAAUCGACGUUUUCUUACUUUACUCAGAGGUUCUUCUUCAUAGAUUGCUUCCAUUCCUUGGAAUCCUUCUACAUUGGCGAUGUAAUUUUUUCAAAAGAAGUUUUAUUCUUCCUUUGCCAGUUAUUCGCUUCGGAUUGGGUUCUUAAAAACAAAACACUCAAGAAUCUCCUUAUCCCUCGCUGCUACGUUGAGCUUGAUACCUUGUUUUUGCAAAUGCAAAAUUUCGAAACCGGAAUUACAACGGCGGACUUCAGCGGAAACAUCUUUAUUCAUCCUCUUUCGAGUGAUUUAGCCUCUAAGUUGAGUCCUUGUAUCAAUUUCAUGUUCCCGGACUGUGGAUUUGGAGAAGAAACAUUUAUAUCUUUGAUGCAAGUCCUUUCUUUGCAUCGAGGACACACUCUUCGAUUAGAUCUGUCCAACUCAUUAUGUUCCCCUGCAAGCUGGAAGCGUUUUUACAGUAUUGCUCCUACAUUAUCUUUGAAAUCUCUUGUUUCAUUGGUAUGGAACGGAAAUGUCAUAGAUAAGUCCUUCUGUGAUUUCAUAAAGAACCAGCCUAGACUAUCCAAACUCUCUAUUUCGGAUUGUAUCCUGCAAUCUGACGCUGAUGAGAUUUUACCAGAGCUUUCCAAGGUUUUUUCGAUCAAAUCGCUAUCGAGUUUCACCAUAAGAGCGACCAAACCUCAGUUUGUACUAGGAAACAGCGUUGUUCCUCUUUUAAUUCAGUUGAUGAAAAAGAGAUCUCUCAACGAACUGGAUAUUUCGGGUCAGAAUGUUGGAGAAGAAAAUAUUCUGGCUUUGUUGGAUAGUAUGCCAAUGGUUAUGAAAGGAAUCAGAUUUAAUAAUAACAAUAUUGUAAAUCCGGAUAAAUUAAUCCAGAUUUUGAACACGAUAUUGAAGAAGAGAUUGACUUUCGCAUCAUGGCCCGAAACAGAUGUCGAAAAUAUCAUAAUUGCAACAAACCAAUUAUUUAGAAACGAAAUCAAGUCAAGGAUUGACGUAUUGAAGAAGGAAUUUGAAAGUAGAUACGGUGUUACGCAGGUACAGAACGAUCCGUUGACGUUUAUCCACAAUAUCAAAAAUACUUUUAGUAAUAACUCAUUAAGUAAUGAAAAUAAACCUCAAGUUACGUAUGGAUUUGAAGGAAGACAUGUUGCUGCUGAUAAAAUGCUCAAAUUCAGAGUAACUGACGAUGAAAUAUCAAAUUUGUUAAAUGAAUGCAAUUCAUUAGAAGGAAAAAAUCCAAUGGUUUCGAUGUUGGAGUUUAUGGAGGCAGAAACUUCACUCGCAAGGCUUGCAGACUAUUUGAGUGGAAUGCAUGACUCCCAGUCCUCGGAAUCCUUCGUAUCUGUUAGAAUUGAAUAA